CAGUCCAAGAGUACCGUUCACCAUUUAUUGAUUUAAGUGAUCCGGGAAUCUUUAAAUGGCAGCGCAAGGACCUCUCAUCUCACAACAGAAGCUCACAGUAGAGCUGAAAACUACCAAAAAUCUUAGUUGCUUAAGUCGGAAAAAAUGGAGAAAGUAGUAGACGAUCUGAAAAUAAAAGUGGAGGCUCCAUUUGCUGUGUAUCCGGCGGAAGCGAAAGAGGCACGAUCUAUGUUUCUGUCGAACAUCGACCAGACACUGGUGGCUGCUGUGGGAACUCUUUCCUUUUUCUCGGCACAUUCCACCAUGAGUUUUGAGGAGGUCGUUGAAAGCUACGUGAAGGCGCUUAGCGAAAUGCUCGUAACGUACGAUUUCAUGGCCGGAAGGCUCAAAUUAAACGAGGAAGAAGAUCGGCUGGAAAUCGAGUGCAAUGGCGCCGGUGCCUUUUUCGCCGUUGCCUCUAGCGAGCUAAGCAUGGAAGAGCUGGGCGACAUCACCACUCCUAAUCUAGCUUUCCGUCGCUUUGUUUUGUGCGACUCCGUUACACAGUCACACCAACAAGAUCUCCCUCUCUUGACCUUGCAGGCCACUCGUUUCAAAUGUGGAGGAUUCGUGGUGGGAGCGGGCCUGAAUCACUGCAUUCUCGAUGGGAUUUCGUGUUUCCAUAUGAUGAUAAAUCUGGCGUCCAUCGCAAGGGGAAAAGGCUUGCCCAUCACUCCGUUCGUGGAUCGAACCCUUCUCAAAGCCAGGGACCCUCCCACCAUUGCCUACCAACAUAACGAGUACUCCAAGAUCUCGGAACUUCCACCCACCGUAGCUCUCACCACCAAUUUCAGCGGAAGAGGAAAGGACGUACCGUCCGCCGCGUCCAUGCCCAUGCCAGACGCGCAGGAAAACGUUCUGAAGCUGUUUUCUAUUUCUGGAGAAGCCAUAGAGCGGCUGAAAGAAAAGGGCACGGAGAAGGGGCGGAAAUGCAGCAGUUUUGAAGUGGUGACAGCACUGGUGUGGAAGGCGCGGACGGCGGCGGUGGCUGACACGGAAACCGAGGAGGAUGAGGAGAUUGUGACGGUGUUGUUUCCGGUGGACGUGAGGUCGAAGAUGGAGCCGGCGCUACCCACAGAGUACGCGGGCAAUGCGGUGAUACCUGGGCACGCAAGAGCAAGCGUGAAGGAACUGCGAGACGGACCGCUGGGAGCGGUGGUGCGCAUGGUCCAGGCUGGGCUGCGUAGGAUUACUGAUGAUUAUGUGCGAUCUGUGUUAGAUUGGUUGGAGGUUAACAAGGGAAUUCCCUGCGCAGUGCGGAGCUUCUCCGUGGUGGCGUGGUGAAAGCUGGGGAUGGACCAAGUGCAGUUCCCCUGGGGAAAGCCGCUGCACUUUGGUCCUGUCAUUUUCUCUCACUCGCAGGACCUGGUGCUCUUGCUUCCGCACCACCUUGGCCACGGUCUUAACAUAGUCAUUGCUCUUCUUCCUUCUCAGAUGUCCAAGUUCGAGCACAUUUUUCCUCUCUUGUUAGAUUCUCCUCACGAUUAGGAUAUUUCUGUUUGCCUUUAUCUCCUCCUAUUGCAGAGUGGUCAACCGUUUCUAAAUUGAUUUCUGUUCUUUGCUAUGGUAUGUAAUUAUGUGUACAGUGUGUCCUAGGUCAAUACAAAGGAAGAGUAUAACAAUUUUAGGCACAAAACUUUAGAUAGCAUGCAUCGCCCACGCUUGAUAUUUUGAGUGCUACUUUUGCCGUGGAAGAUCGAAUGUGUUAUCUAACAUUUAGCUGUGUAAUGACCCUGAUCAGUUCAUAAUGAAUACCAUAAGAGUAUUCAAUGUCAUUGAUGAAUGUUUAAGAACCCAGUCAUUAGUACUUGCAACGAUAAGAGGUUCAAGGGAUUUGUUAAUAAACUAAAGAUCAAAUUUAAUUGAAGAUUUAUAA